UCAUCUCAGGCUUCUGUUGUUCUCGGAUAGUCGAUUUCGUUCAAAUAAUACUUAUUGCAAUGGUAUUAAAUUGUAUUUCAUUGUAAUUAUAAUUUAUUACUCGCACAGUAACCUGUUUUAACCAAUAAUCAGGUCAAGGAUAGUGAUAUUAGUUGGCAAAAUCGUGAGCCUUCGUAAAUUUGAAGAAGCAUCAAUCGCGAAAAUUAACUAAUAAUGUCUGACGAAGAAGCAUCGGAACCGGAUAGUGUCGUUAUCGAAGAAGUGGACGAGAUGCAAGUUGAUCCAUACGAAUUGUCACAAUUCGUGGAAGCAAGUUCGAUCCCGUUGCCUGGAGAACCCGGUGCGUCAAUAAUAAUUCAACCGCGGCGCCAGUUACGCGGGUCAACAGUGGCCUCUACUUCUUCCGCACCGUCCGAGUCGGAAACGGACGAUGAUAACCCACAGCAGAAUGAAAUAUGGAUUAAAAAGUUUGUUGCCGGAGAGAUUAGCUACACCGAGUAUCAAUCGAAAAUGCAACAGGGAGGCGAGCUGGAUCUGGAAGACGAAGAAAUUGGACUUCGGAAGAGGUCAACGCGAAAAUCGGUAGGGUUUGAAAAAGAUUAUACUUCUUCAAGACGGGACGCACUAAAAGGUAACCUCCAGGGGCCUCAGCAGGUGAAGGUGGAGGGAAAAGCUUCCAUGAAACGUCACAAGCGAUGUCUACCACCCGCAUUGCAGGGUUUGAUGGGACAGGCGAACUUGUGUUAUGCUAGAGGUGACACGGAAAUGGCUAAACAACUGUGUCUAGAAAUUGUUCGCCAAGUUCCGUUGGCACACGAGCCAUUCAUAACGCUGGCUCAAGUUUACGAAACGGAAGAUCCGGAGAAGUUUCUUCAGUUUUCUUUAAUAGCAGCUCAUUUAAACCCUUCUGAUGUUGACCAGUGGGUGAGAAUUGCUGAAAUCUCUGAAGAGCGUGGAAACCUGGACCAAGCGUUGAUGUGCUAUGCCAGGGCAAUUAAGACAGAUUCGAAGAAUUUUGACUUGCGAAUGAAACGUGUACAACUGCUGGAGAAGAAAGGUGAAGAAAAGCAAGCUUUCAAAUGCUAUUUCGCAAUGCUUCCCUACAUACCGAAACAGCGUGGUGAGUUUCUAGUUCAAACUGCGAAACGACUGGCAAAAAAGUUCCACGAGGAAAACAAUGUUGUGGCCGCUAUGGAAGCAAUGGAACGAGCUUAUGGAACAGUCCCGGAACUGUUUAGCGUAGAAGAUGUAAACUUACUACUGGAACUUCUAAUCGCCAACGGCAGCUACCGGCGUGCAUUGGAUGUUCUUAUGGCUCACGCAAACGUGGAAGUACAUGAAGUGAUAAACGAAAACCAGGAGAAUCCUUCCAUUUAUACGGUGGUAAUUCCGGAACAAAUGAUUUUGGAUUUCCGCACAAAGCUGGCAGUGGCUCUGAUUCAUUUAAAAUGUGAUCACCUAUUGGACAUGGUGGUGGAAGAUAUUCUGACUCAUAUACAAGUAGAAGAAGCUGGAGAUUGUUAUCUAGACAUUGCUGAAUCACUGAUGAAGGAGGAUCAGUACAACUACGCACUGAAACUGUUAGUUCCGUUGGUCGGAAGUGAGAAUUUCUCUCUAGCUGCUGUUUGGCUGCGCUACGCCGACUGUUUACGAGCUAUUGGAAAUUACGAUGAGUCGAUAAAUGCAUACAGGAAGGUUGUUUCAUUGGCACAACACCUAGACGCUAGGCUAACACUUUCUGCUCUGCUGAAACAGCAAGGAAACUACGAAGAAGCUCUCAAAGCGCUCGAACAGGAUCCGGAACGUGAAGUAAUGGAUGCGGAGCUGCUUUACGAAAGAUGUCUUAUGUUGAAGGAAGUAGGAAAAUACGAUGAGUUCCUAUCGGCCGGACUCAUGCUGCUGAUGCGUCACUGUAUUCCUCUGAAAAGUCGGCUUGAAAUGGGGACAGCAAUUUCGAUUAUGCGAUACAACGAAAUGAUACGAGGCAUUCAGGAGAUUAAGGUUUCACGUCAGGAACCAUUAGAUGAAGCUGAGCCAGAAUUUUCGCGAUCUGAAAACGAACCGUCAGCAGAGACCGAAUGGGAAUUAGUUCUCAGCUUGCUUCAAGUAGCAGAUUACAUGAAAAACUAUGCAUAUUUUCAGAAGCUGGUUUUCACACUGUGCACCGCAAAACGUUUUCAAAUCUAUCGCUCCGAGUUAUUGUGUCUCGCCCUGUUUGCCUGCCUGUACAACCGUGAUCCCUUGUACGCAUACAAUUUGGUUCGCGAGCGCGUAAAUCGAGAAAAGAAAUGUAAUAACCCUCGGCUUUGGAACCUGUUCAAUUUGGUGAUCUCGGUGACGGGAGAUAUUCGUUACAAUCGAUAUCUGACAAGACUCUUUGAGCGAGUCCCAAACAUGGACAUCAAUAUAAGAACCCUCCAAGCGAACUAUCACCUGAACGCGGGGACAUACAGAUACGCACUUAACGACUACAGUAAAAUCUACCAGAAAACGGGCGAUCCAAUUCACGCAAUGCUCAUUGCCGUUACGUUAACGCAGGUCGCUUGUCAGAAAUUCAGCAACAAAAAGCAAGCGCUGGCCUCACAAGCCAUUGGCUUUAUUGAAAAGUAUCGCAAAACACGACCAGGCGAACUUGCAAAUGAAAUUCAUUACAACAUUGGACGGAUGUACCAUCAGCUGGGACUGCACAGCUUGGCGGUGGAGCACUACAAACGAGCGCUGGAAGCCAGGAGUGAAGUGGUGGAGCAGAAUGCGGAACAUUUGGAUUUGCGGGCGGAGAUUGCGUUCAAUCUGAGCUGUAUUUACAGAAGUAAUAAAAACUUUGAGCUGGCGAGAAAGUAUCUGUACGAUUACGUUGAAAUAUAGUAAGUUAGACAAA